AUGGAGAAGCAGCCCGGCGGCGAGGACGAGUGCGUGGACUCGGGAGCGGAGACGGGCGGGUCUGAGUACAGCCGUAUGUCCUCUACCAGCAGUGAACUUUCUGUGGAAGGUAUACAAGACCCAUUCCUUGUUAGUGUACAUAUUAUCACAGACCCGGGUGAAUCCAAGACUCUGCAGCAGGCCAUUGAUAAGCUUCUAGCCUGGAUCCAUCCAGACCUCCAGCUGUUUCGGGUCUCAGAAAGACGAGUUCCCAGGAAGCGCAGGAAGCCGGUCAAGGCUGGUGUUUCUCAGCCAGCCCUUGCUGUCAUUCUGUUCCUGCAGGAGGAGUAUGGAGAAGAACCCAUCUUGCAGCUCCAUGAAACUUUUCAGCGGCCACCUUGGCAUUACCACCACACAGAGCUAAUGCACGGGAAAUUCCUCCCUUACCUCCCCUGCAGCCAAGACUUUUACACUUUGGCUCCAGAGACUCCUCUGUGGGCCAUUCGCCCGGUGCACUACGGGAAAGAAAUGAUCCGCUUCACCAUAUACUGCAGGAAUGAAAAUUUUGUGGACAUUUUGAAAUUGUAUGAGUUAAUACUGAAAAGACCAAUGUGUCAGAAAAAAGCAGACUUUUGUGUUUUUCCUGUCUAUUCUAACAUGGAAAUAGACAUUCAGUUUUCUUUAAAAAAACUCCCAAAGGGACAAGUUCCGGUGAGGACAGAGUCAGCCGUGCUGGAGUUCAGAGUAAAAGAUGUGGGGCAGCUUGUGCCUCUCUUGCCCAACCCUUGCAGGCCCAUCAGCGAAGGCAGGUGGCAGACAGAAGACCAUGAUGGAAAUACGAUCCUUUUGCAGCAAGCACACAGUUGGUGUAGGAAGUCUGCAAAGCAGAACAAGCAACCAUAUCCAUCUGUGUCAACAGAUUCCCAAUUCACCACUCUGCCAGCCUUUCUUCCUCAGAGCCACCGAUCUGUCUCUGAACAGCCACAAGAAAUGGGUCAAAAAAAGGUACAUCACACGAAUGGCCUUGGUCAUUAUCUUGGUUUCUCCCAGCAGGACUUGAGACAUGGUGAUCAAGGAGACUUCACACGCAGAUCCAGGAGUGCCUCCAGCAUUUCUUGGUCAUUUCAACGAAGCAAGUCUCUGUUCUGCUUGCCCACAGUGAACUCCUCUUCAGCAUCAGAGACAUUUCAUUUCAGUGAACCAUUUCAGUUCUUAAACACUGGGUCACCUACAGCCAGGCUAAAAACAUGGAAAUGCAGCCCCAAGCUUAACAUUGAUGACUUGGAGGGUGCCCAGGAGACUGAUGUGGACACAGGGAUGAAGCUGUCCUUCUCAGAUCUGUCUGUGGUUUCUGCAUACUCUGCUCUUAAUGGAUUUUGCAGUGAGUUGGAAGACUCUCUUCCGUCACAGAAACAAACUGUCUAUGGGGCUAAAAAGGCAGCCACCAGUGGAAGGCCUGUAUCAGCCAUGUGCAAUACUUUUGAGUCAGUUGAUGGUUCACUACCUUCUCUUUCAGAAUGGUCUUCCAGCUCUUUCACAUCAGCAUCUCUCUCCGAGCAACACAAACAGCCCUUGAGAGCAGCUCCCUGUUCUCUGGAUGACCGUGUUUGCCCAGCUUCACCAGUUAAUGAAGAAGAAUUUUACAUCUGA